CCUGCAGUCCCUGCCGCCGUCCGAAGAGCUAGAGCCGCGAACGCCGAGCCGGUGCCCGCCAUGAGGGAGAUCGUGCACAUCCAGGCGGGCCAGUGCGGGAACCAGAUCGGCACCAAGUUUUGGGAAGUGAUCAGCGAUGAGCACGGCAUCGACCCGGCCGGAGGCUACGUGGGCGACUCGGCGCUGCAGCUGGAGAGGAUCAAUGUCUACUACAACGAGUCGUCGUCUCAGAAAUACGUGCCCAGGGCCGCCCUGGUGGACUUGGAGCCAGGCACCAUGGACAGUGUACGCUCUGGGCCCUUCGGGCAACUCUUCCGACCUGACAACUUCAUCUUCGGACAAACCGGUGCAGGAAACAACUGGGCAAAGGGCCACUACACAGAAGGGGCAGAGCUGGUGGACUCGGUGCUGGACGUGGUGAGGAAGGAGUGUGAGCACUGCGACUGUCUGCAGGGCUUCCAGCUCACCCACUCCCUGGGCGGAGGGACGGGCUCGGGCAUGGGCACUCUGCUCAUCAGCAAGGUCCGAGAGGAGUACCCCGACAGGAUCAUGAACACCUUCAGCGUCAUGCCUUCCCCCAAAGUCUCCGACACGGUGGUGGAGCCUUACAACGCCACCCUGUCCGUCCACCAGCUGGUGGAGAACACGGACGAGACGUACUGCAUCGACAACGAGGCCCUGUACGACAUCUGCUUCCGCACCCUGAAGCUCACCACCCCCACCUACGGGGACCUCAACCACCUGGUGUCGGCCACCAUGAGCGGGGUGACCACCUCCCUGCGCUUCCCGGGCCAGCUCAACGCCGACCUGCGCAAGCUGGCCGUCAACAUGGUGCCCUUCCCUCGACUGCACUUCUUCAUGCCCGGCUUCGCCCCCCUGACGGCUAGAGGCAGCCAGCAGUACCGGGCCCUGACGGUCCCCGAGCUGACCCAGCAGAUGUUCGACGCCAAGAACAUGAUGGCGGCUUGUGAUCCCAGACAUGGGCGCUACCUCACCGUGGCCACUGUUUUCCGGGGCCCCAUGUCCAUGAAGGAGGUGGACGAGCAGAUGCUGGCCAUUCAGAACAAGAACAGCAGCUACUUCGUCGAGUGGAUCCCCAACAACGUCAAGGUAGCCGUGUGCGACAUCCCCCCUCGGGGCCUCAAGAUGGCCUCCACCUUCAUCGGCAACAGCACGGCCAUCCAGGAGCUGUUCAAGCGCAUCUCCGAGCAGUUUUCUGCCAUGUUCCGCCGAAAGGCCUUCCUGCACUGGUUCACGGGCGAGGGGAUGGAUGAGAUGGAGUUCACAGAGGCCGAGAGCAACAUGAACGACCUGGUGUCAGAAUACCAGCAGUAUCAAGAAGCUACGGCCAAUGAUGGAGAAGAAACUUUUGAAGAUGAUGAAGAAGAAAUCAAUGAAUAGAGGAGUGUCCCUGUCUCCAAUACUCUAUAUUUCUUUCAGAUGUUCUUUUUUUUUUUUUUUUUCUCCCUUCCAGGGUUAUCUCUGGGGCUCGGUGCCUGCACUACGAAUCCACUGCUCCUGGCAGCCUUUUUUUUUUUUUCUUUCUUUUCUAUUUUAUGUUGGAUAGGACAGAUAGAAAUUGAGAGAGGAAGGGGAGAUAGAGAGGGAGAGAGAAAGAUAAGACACCUGCAGAUCUGCUUCACGGCAUGUGAAGUGAUUCCCCACUCCUACCCCUGCAGGUGGGGAGGCGGGGUCUUUGCUCAGUGCCAUGUGCACUUAACCGGGUGCACCACUGCCCGCCCCCUCUCAGAUGUUCUUUCUCUAACUCUGAUGCUUCUUAACCCCAGUGGCCCCUGCAUAGUGCACUACUCUAAAUGUGUCAGUACAGAACCCUCACAAGUGCAAUCUAAGUGUAGAGUAAUGUACAUUGAAAUAGCAGAGAACUGGCCGUCCUACCUAGUCAGCAGAUGAGGCUACUAAGGUUUUUCUUUCUUUUUUUUUUUUUAACCAGAGCACUGCUCAGCUCUGGUUUAUGGUGGUACAGGGAUUGAACCUGGGGCUUUGGAGCCUCAGGCAUGAGAGUCUCUUUGCAUAACUAUUAUGCUAUCUACCCCUGCCCCCCAGCUACUAAGAUUUUUUUUUUUUCUGCUGGAAGACUUGCACCAACUCAUGUGCCAUAAAUAAAGGGCUGAAUAAAUCCUAUUUCUAUUUGGUGUCCACCUAUGUCUGAAAAUUAGCCAGGGAGUUAGUUAGACAUAGUAUUUUUCAUUCUUUGUGAAGAAAACCAAAGCUGUGCAGUGUUGCCUUAUACUGAAUAUGCAAUAUUGAACUUGAAACAACCUACUAUUCAUAAUAAAACACUAAGACUCUU